CGCCUGGCGGCCGUGAUGGAGAGCCUGCAGCGGCAGCAGGCGGCCCGCCUGGCCCGCGGCCCCGACGCCGCGCCCCGACGGCCCCCGACGGCGCCCGGCCCCGCGCCGCCGCCGCCUCCGCCGCCCGCCGCCGCCGCCACCCGCCGCCGCCCGGGCCCCGGCCCGCGCCCGCCGCCCGCCGAGCCGCAGCCGCAGGACGAGGAGGAGGAGGAGGAGGAAGAGGAGGAGGAAGAGGAGGGGGAGGAAGGGGAGCCCUGCGACCCGCACCCGCCCCAGCACCACGAGUGGACCUAUGAGGAGCAGUUCAAGCAGCUCUACGAACUGGAUGAGGACCCAAAACGCAAGGAGUUCCUGGACGACCUCUUUGGCUUCAUGCAGAAGAGAGGGACGCCCGUGAACCGCAUCCCCAUCAUGGCCAAGCAGGUGCUGGACCUGUACACGCUGUACCGGCUGGUGACGGACAAGGGGGGCCUGGUCGAAGUCAUCAACAAGAAGAUCUGGCGGGAGAUCACCAAAGGCCUCAACCUACCUACCUCCAUCACCAGCGCUGCCUUUACCCUGCGCACGCAAUACAUGAAGUACCUGUACCCCUACGAAUGCGAGAAGCGGGCGCUCAGCUCUCCCGGGGAGCUCCAGGCCGCCAUCGACAGCAACCGGCGAGAGGGGCGGAGGCAGGCCUUCGGGACGGCGCUCUUCAACUACUCGCCCACUGGCACCCCGACCCUGCUGGGCUCCCCCAAAAUGCCCCUGCCGGCCCUCAGCAUCUCCACGCACAGCUGCAGCCAGAUCAGCCAAGUGCACACCAUUAAGAAAGAAGACGGCGUGCUGUCGGCAGCGGUGCCAGGCCGCAUCGCCAUCCCCGUGGGACUGGCCGGCCACCACCUCGCGGCAGCCCAGGCAGCGGCUGCGUCGCAGGCAGCGGUGCUGGAGCAGCUGCGGGAGAAGCUAGAGACGGGGGAGCCUCCGGAGAAGAAAGUGGCCCUGACGGCGGAGGAGCAGCAGCGGCUCAUGCAGCACGCGCUGCAGCACAACCUCCUGGCCAUGGCCUCCCAGUUCCCUAUGAACAUCAAGAUCUCCAACCGAGAUGACAGACAGGAGACCGCAUUGAAUCUGUCCACCAACGGCAUUAGCAGUAUCAACAUGUCAAUAGAAAUAAAUGGAGUUGUCUACACAGGCGUCCUGUUUGCCCGCCGGCCCGCAGCCCCCCCAGCGCCCAGUGGCCCCGGUGGACGGAGCGCCCAGAGCCAGCCAAGCCCCAUGCCUGCCCCGAACCCGCCGCUCCCGGCCGCCUCGCACAGCCACACUCCCGCCGGCGCCUCGCCGUAG